AACUGCUCCAUUUCCAUUUUGUCCUUGCAUCAAUUACUCUCAUCUCAAAACCCAGCUCGAGUUUGUUCAACGAGAGGAAAAGAUCAUGGAUGCUUUGGAUUCAGUUUUCGAUCCGCUGAGAGACUUCUCCAAGGACAGCAUCCGCCUCGUCAAGCGUUGCCACAAGCCCGAUCGAAAAGAAUUCACUAAGGUCGCGACUCGGACGGCGAUCGGCUUCGUCGUGAUGGGUUUCGUCGGAUUUUUCGUCAAGUUGAUUUUCAUUCCCAUCAACAAUAUCAUCGUCGGCGCAGCCUGAUUGUGAGUGUUUUGAUUUCAGCUUUCUAAAUCAGAAAUUGCGAUACGAAAUUUGUUUGUUUAGAUUUUCGAUUUGAUGAGCCGAUUGGUUUAAUUUACGAAUGUGUUAGUUUUCCUUUUUAGAGAUUUUGAUCUGAAAUUUGAUUAGGUUUUCGAUUUGAUGAGUUAAUUGGUUGUAAUUAGGAAUGUCUGUUUGUGGUUUGAAUCAAUGUGGAGUUUUUCUCUGUGUGAUUUGUUGUGAUGAAUCUGGUAUGGCCAGUAGAGACAUUGCCCCCCCCCAAAUAAAUAAAUAAGGGUUUUUUUAAAAAUAAAACCUAAUUUGCAUCCUUAACUUUACUCAUAUCUUUUCAAUUUGCUGGUGCUGGUGCAUGUGCAUUUUACUAUGCUUAGCAGCUUAGGUUUUUUGAUGCCAAUAAACAAUUAGUAGUUGGAAAUUAUAUGAGAAUAUGGGUGUCACUGAGGGCUACUGAUUUGAUUUUGUGCAGAACUUGUUAUUUGGUUUGGUAUACUAUAUUUAUGGGGGAUCCAGUCAUUCCAAUUUGGUAUCUUUUAAUGUUGAAAUAGAGAGGGUUUAUGGUUUUCUUGAAAUCAUGUUAACCUAUUGUUACUUCGACUUAAUCGGAUAAAACUAUCUUCAGUUCCUAGCUUGGCCUUUAUGAUUUCGUGCCUCGUGCUGGUUUGAAAAUAAAACUAACGAAGCAAGUUAGGCAGUGUUCGGGUUGACAACUAGCUUCAAACGUUUGCUUACAUGCCAAACCUUGGAUGUUGUAAGCGAUGUGAACACAGAGUGUUUUUUAGUUAUAAUUGUUUUCUCGGGGCGAAGUUUGUCGCUCUUUGUGUCGUACUGCAAGUGAAUUUGACAGGUUUGAUUGCAUGCUGUACAUUCCAUAUGAUAAAUGUUGCAAGCUUCCAUUGAGAUGAUGAUUGAAUGGUGUGUAUGUUCAUGACGAGAGGGGACUGACUGCAACUCUGUUUUUUCGUGUUUAAUUGCAGAACUUCCAGUUGGUGCAAGAACCUUUCGAAACCAGGGAAGAUUGGCAGUUCAUUAGUUAGGCUCAUUUUGGGAAAUUUUGUAGCACUUUGCUGUGUAAUUGUUGACAGUUAUGUUAUGUUUACUUGGUCUAAUAUGAAUCUCUGAGCUUUAUUUUGA